AUGAUCUCUAGCCUAUAUGAGUGUCGACGUAUGAGCAGAUGUCAAGAAUCUCAAACACAGGGACUGAACUCGAUUCCGCCAAAAAGAAAUGCGCGUCUGCUGGAACAGUUGCUGGGACAUGAAGCUUAUUACGGACAUGGCUCCAAAACACUUUUCAAGCAAUAUUUGAAUAUUUACUUUUUCGAGCGAUACCGAGUUCCUCAUAAAAGCCUGAUGCAUUUCCGCAAAUCUUUCGUCGAUCCAGAACAUAUCCCGGAACCAGCUUAUGCGUAUAAGGAAGCUUUAAGAAACUGGCCAAUCAAUGUGCUAGUUUGA